AUGAUUCUGUUGGAAUCAGUGUUCACUUUUGCUCAAUUGGAAGCUCUACUAUUGGAUUUACCACCAAGGUACGCUUUCUGGUGACCCCUACUCCACUACUACAAGACCACUGAAAGACCACUAAGGCACCACUACUAGGGUACUGAACAUCGAAGAGUAGUACCUCAACAAGUGUACUCAUAGGACUACUGGUAAAAAACGGUGUAGUGGUGCAAAAGUACCACUGAAGUGGUACUAUUAGACCACUAUGAAAAAACACUGUGCCUGAUAGUCGUGUAAUCAACGAUACAUUCCUUUUGGAACAACAAAGACCUCCACCAACAACUAAUUUUUCCGCUGGAGGUUUCUCCGAGGCUCAAAAGAGUACCUUUGGCAAAGUUGCUCCUGCCGGUGGAGUCCAGCAAUCGGUUCCAUUUUCUACUGGUACAAAUCAAGGUGGUUUUGGCGGUCAAAGAGGUGGUUUCGGUGGUCAAAGAGACGGUUUCAGUGGUCAAAGAGGUAAUUUCGGUGGAUAUAGAGGUUAGUUGUUUUGUUUUAUGAAUUUUCAAAAAAAAAAACAAAUGGUUUCUUUAGGACAAAGAGGAAGGGGUCAAUUUUGA